AUGCCUUGUUGUUGUGAAACCGUUCUAAAACCACGUAUACUUAAAUGUUCAGUUCCGUUACAUAAUACAUGUUCAUGGAAAGAAUAUCGUUAUCCAUACUGUGUACCACCAUUUUCUACUCAGUCGCGUCAACGAUGUUCAGUAGUUUGUCCUUUGGUGCAAUUAAAAACUUCAUACAACUACCAAUCAUGUCGAUCAGAAUUCUUUCGAUUAUUUUACGAACGCGGUGAUCUUCCAUGUGCAAUAGAGCAUACGACGAAGGGUCAGCAGUUAAAAUGGUUUAUCGAUAGUCUAGAUAUGUUAAAUCUUGAUUAUUAUUUGCCGAUAUUUGCUGAUGGACUAUGUGAAGGAAAAUAUCCGUAUAGCUUCAUUGCUUUUCAAGGUGAUAGAGAAUCUACCAUUAAUGCUAUUAUAUUGGUUAUUUCUCAAUAUCUAGGUGUUUUAGAUAUAAUCGCGCGUGCAUCACAAAAGAUUGACAAUGACACACUAUCGAAAUUGAUACAACCGUUUAAACGUGCUCUUUACAACAACAACCCAAUAAUUAUUCGUCGCGUUUUGAUUGUACUUCAAAAGUUAGCCGGUGGAAAUGAUGGAGCACUUGGCAUCGCUUUAGUACCUUACUUUAAUCAACUUUUACCGAUUAUCAAUAUUAUCAGAGACCGAAGUCAAAGACGAUCUCGCGGCAAUCGAACACAAUGUCGUACUAUCGAUGAUUUUGAACGAAAUGUUGAAAUCGAUCUUAUUCGAUUGAUUGACGAAACACUAUUAAUGCUUGAACAAUUCGGUGGACAAGACGCUUUUAUCAACAUUAAAUUUUCUAUACCUACUUAUGAACAGCAGAUCGACCUAAAACAACUAUCUUCUGCACAAAUGAGUACUGCUAUACAGCCAUUUCUAAGCGUUUGA